CUCCCGUCUAAAUGCGAAGGGUGGCCAUCAUUCAUUAUCUGAUUAUUAUCAGGGAAGUUGUAGAGAGAGAAAGAAGAAAAGCGAAGAAGAGAGAGAGAGAGAGAAAGGGGAUGACGACGAUUCGUAGAUUCAGCUGCAAUGACCUUCUCCGUUUCGCUUCUGUCAAUCUAGAUCAUCUUACUGAAACUUUCAACAUGUCAUUUUAUAUGACUUACAUGGCAAGGUGGCCGGACUAUUUCCACGUUGCAGAAGCUCCUGGCAGCCACAUCAUGGGAUAUAUUAUGGGAAAAGUAGAAGGUCAAGGUGAAUCUUGGCAUGGUCACGUCACUGCAGUAACUGUGGCUCCUGAAUACCGGAGGCAGCAAUUAGCCAAGAAAUUGAUGAACCUGCUGGAAGAUGUCAGUGAUAAGAUUGAUAAGGCUUACUUUGUGGACCUGUUUGUGAGAGCAUCAAAUACACCAGCCAUAAAAAUGUACGAGAAGCUUGGUUAUGUGAUAUAUAGGCGAGUUUUACGCUAUUACUCAGGGGAGGAAGAUGGUUUAGAUAUGCGGAAGGCGUUAUCGCGAGAUGUAGAAAAGAAGUCUAUAAUCCCUCUUAAACGGCCAGUGACUCCAGACGAACUGGAGUAUGACUGAGUCAGUAAAGAUUGUUACCAUGUAAUCUUUUAAGAAGCUAAGUUUUGGCACCAUUAAGUCUCAUCUGAAAAUGUAUUUGCUAAGGAGUCUGGUCUCUCGUCCCUAUCUGGAAAUGGAUGCAUUUUAUUUUACUGCUUUGCCAACGAGUGAAGAUAUUUGGGUUAGACAUGUUGAUAUUUUGUUCAUUAUAUUCUGUUAAAGAACCAAGUGCUAGAAUUUCUGGCCUUGUGUUUUAGCUGCAA